AUAGGUUUCCAAAACCCCAAGUCCCAGAAAACGAGCAACAUUUCCAUACUAGUGAACUCCCUUUGCAUACAGAGCAUGUACCCUCUCGGAAUCUUUUCCUCCCACAAGUAGACAUCAGCCUCAGCUGGCUUCCCAGGGAAACAAACAGACAUAGAUCUACCGUCGUCGUCCAUGGAUUUGAUAGCAAACCCAGAUAGCCCCCACUCCAACAACAGUGGCGGCAGCAGUCCCAACGGCAGCCCCCGGCACUUGAGCGCCUCCUCAUCGGCUGCCGCCACCGGUGCUGGAGCUGCCUCCUCCGCCUCCCCUCCAUCCUUGAGCCGCUACGAAUCUCAAAAGCGCCGUGACUGGAACACGUUCGGCCAAUACCUCAGGAACCACCGCCCGCCGCUCUCCCUCUCUCAGUGCAGCAGCGCCCACGUCCUCGAGUUCCUCCGCUACCUCGACCAAUUCGGCAAGACCAAAAUACACACCCACGUGUGCCCCUUCUUCGGCCACCCCAACCCUCCGUCGCCAUGUCCCUGCCCUCUCCGUCAAGCCUGGGGCAGCCUUGACGCCCUCAUCGGCCGCCUUCGUGCGGCCUACGAGGAGAACGGGGGCAAGCCGGAGUCCAACCCGUUCGGCACCCGUGCGAUCCGUCUGUAUCUCCGGGAGGUCCGCGAGGUUCAGUCCAAGGCACGUGGCAUCAGCUACGAGAAGAAGAAACGCAAGAAGCCACAACAAAACCAGCACCACCCUCCUCCACCGCCGGCGGCAGCCUGAUCUUAGCCAAAACUUUCAUGCUCAGCAUAUCAUGCCUUGUGUUCUUGUAUAAGCUUACAUCUUCUAUUAGGUUAUCGUUAUCAUUAGCUUAUGUGCUCUCUUCCCGUGUGCUGAUUGAACAUAAGAACAUGUAGACUUACAGUGACAAUGAGAUGUCGGUUUUCUCUUACA